UUGUAGAUUGAAUGAAAUAUCAAGUGUAUGGUGGGUUACAUUUUCUAGGCUAUUACCAGCCUAGCGGCCCAUUCAGUCACAGUAAGCUUUAUGUGUUUGUGUCACCAUCCCUGUUGGAUAACUCUGGAACUUUCUGUUUACAGCUCUUUGCGAUAAAAUGUUCCCCUCUGAAUCAUAGGCACCACUGUGUAAUGGUGCCACACAGCCCGUCCCCCUCUCGCCUCCCCACUAAACAGGACACUCUCUGUCAGGCAGCUACACCAGCAACUCCCACACUAAAGUCCCUUUGAAAUGCAAGUUCGUUUUUUUUGUGUGUACAUAGUGUAAUAUGCAGUGUGCAGCUUAAUAACCCUCAGAUUCACUGGAGCAAAAAGCAGUGUCAGUAGGUAUGGUUGCCUUGGCCCAUAAUCUGUUUGUCUGAUUCAAUUUUUGGAUUGGAAGGAGAAUCAAAGUAUUUUCAAUUGAUGUAGGCUAUAAGUAGCCACAGUAUAUUGGGUAAAAGGAAGGAUUCAUUUUGAAAUGGACUGUGUGUAGGUGGUCUGGAUUCUCAGUUCCAGUAGAUGGUUUAUAAUGAAUGUUUUGUCACAGCCUAGUAGUUCUGUCCUGGGAUUCUAUUUAUUUUUCUAUGCAUUGCAUGUGUAUUCUGCCUGGUUGUCAUGCAAUUAUUCCAAAACUCCUAACCUUGUGUAGGUGGGUGUGCUUCGCACUAUCAGGUGAUUCUGCAGUAGUUUUGGGUUACAGCAUGGGCUGACUGAUUACAGUGGGCAUGCAUACCUCUCCUCUCAGAAAAGGUGCGCCUGUCUCUCUGUACCUGACUAUAGCACACCUGCUCAUGUCAGUCAGCCACACAAUGGACAGGUUGUUGCAGUGCUGUGGAGAGCUCUGCAGAGGGGGUCUCUUCUCCUGGUUGCUUUCAUCACUCCUAUUAGGCUGGAUGAAGGAAUGCACAGGCCACAGGUUGUCUCUGCUCUCCUGCUUGGGUAGCCAUCAGGUUAGGCCUAAAUGAGGCCCUUUUGUAUCUUAAUGGGUGCAGGAGCGCCACACCUGCAUUAGGCUAGCACAAGUUUACUUAUCAUGCUCUGCCCUGGGGUCUCGUGGAGGAGCGUACUGGAGGAGAGAUGCACAGAUGUCUACCCCCAGUCGUGAAUCCAUACUUCCAAUGAUCAGGCCCCCUGACAUCAUCCUUUUCACAGCUGCCUUGCUCAACUGCCUUACAGGAAUGUACAAAAUGUAACGUAUUUAAAGAAUUGUUGUAUAAUCAGUAUUCUCUCUUAUACAUGUACAAUUAUGGGCAUUUAGCAAACAAACAAGUGCUCUUUGAAUGGACCAUUUGAAGGGUUACUGAUGAUUGAGUGUGUGAGUGUACCAGCCAAGGUUUUUAGGACACUAGUGUGAGGAAUUCAGUGGAGGCCUGACCUAUAGAGCGGGUGUCAUGAGCUGGGUUAGGGUGCAUCACACGUGCACAGCUGACUCUACACUGGGUAGAUGUUUACCCAAAUACACGUGUCGUUGCUCCCACAGUCACUGUUAUAUACUGUACCUCAGAAUGCAAGUCACAUGCAGUACUUGUCAGACAGUUAUGUACGAGUAUGUUUUUUUAAUUGUCUGCUUUUAGUGAAGAAAAUAGUUGUAGUACUUUAGUACUUUAGAGGACUCUCAUUAUACAGUACACCAGUCUGAUAAAGUUGACUUGAUGAAACUGUCUGUUUGCUAUGAUACGGUAUGGAAUACUUACUCACACCCACAAACCCAGUUACACUGAUUUACGUGUUCAGGGCAGGUCUGUUUGGAUUACUGACUGUCAGUCUUUAGGACAUUAGAACACCUCUUCCUGAGUGUUGUGUAGAUACUGUAGACUUCCUGUUUACCCACUUCUUCACCAAUGAUACAUGAGUAUACCCAUCAUCAUUGGCCCUCGGCACUACACAGGGUACUUACAGGCAUCAGGGCUGCCAACAAUAUCAACAUGUCCACAGACCAUCUUCAGACUGUGAGUAGACCAGAAAUCAAGCUGUUAUAAAAGCCUCCAAUAUAGUAAAGCUGCUAACUACUGUCAUACAGUAUAGAUGGGUCAGACUGCAGACACAGGAGUGGAUAGUAAAUCUGGGUGGUGGUUUGUUGGUGUAGAUUAAGACUAGGUUGACUAGAUUGAGACUAGGCUGAGUAGAUUGAGACUAGGCUGAGUAGAUUGAGACUAGGCUGAGUAGAUUGAAACUAGGCUGAGUAGAUUGAGACCAGGCUGAGUAGAUUGAAACUAGGUUGACUAGAUUGAGACUAGGCUGAGUAGAUUGAGACUAGGCUGAGUAGAUUGAGACUAGGCUGAGUAGAUUGAAACUAGGCUGAGUAGAUUGAGACUAGGCUGAGUAGAUUGAGACUAGGCUGAGUAGAUUGAGACUAGGCUGAGUAGAUUGAAACUAGGCUGAGUAGAUUGAAACUAGGCUGAGUAGAUUGAGACUAGGUUGAGUAGAUUGAGACUAGGCUGAGUAGAUUGAGACUAUGCUGAGUAGAUUGAGACUAGGCUGAGUAGAUUGAAACUAGGCUGAGUAGAUUGAAACUAGGCUGAGUAGAUUGAGACUAGGCUGAGUAGAUUGAGACUAGGCUGAGUAGAUUGAGACUAGGCUGAGUAGAUUGAAACUAGGCUGAGUAGAUUGAGACUAGGCUGAGUAGAUUGAGACUAGGCUGAGUAGAUUGAGACUAGGCUGAGUAGAUUGAGACUAGGCUGAGUAGAUUGAGACUAGGCUGAGUAGAUUGAAACUAGGCUGAGUAGAUUGAAACUAGGUUGACUAGAUUGAGACUAGGCUGAGUAGAUUGAGACUAGGCUGAGUAGAUUGAGACUAGGCUGAGUAGAUUGAAACUAGGCUGAGUAGAUUGAGACUAGGCUGAGUAGAUUGAGACUAGGCUGAGUAGAUUGAAACUAGGCUGAGUAGAUUGAGACUAGGCUGAGUAGAUUGAGACUAGGCUGAGUAGAUUGAGACUAGGCUGAGUAGAUUGAAACUAGGCUGAGUAGAUUGAAACUAGGUUGACUAGAUUGAGACUAGGCUGAGUAGAUUGAGACUAGGCUGAGUAGAUUGAGACUAGGCUGAGUAGAUUGAAACUAGGCUGAGUAGAUUGAGACUAGGCUGAGUAGAUUGAGACUAGGCUGAGUAGAUUGAGACUAGGCUGAGUAGAUUGAAACUAGGCUGAGUAGAUUGAGACUAGGUUGAGUAGAUUGAGACUAGGCUGAGUAGAUUGAAACUAGGUUGACUAGAUUGAGACUAGGCUGAGUAGAUUGAGACUAGGCUGAGUAGAUUGAGACUAGGCUGAGUAGAUUGAGACUAGGCUGAGUAGAUUGAGACUAGGCUGAGUAGAUUAAGACUAGGCUGAGUAGAUUGAGACUAGGCUGAGUAGAUUGGAAAGGGACAGCAUUGAUAAAUCGCCAGGGCUCCUGACCCCCCUGUUUUGGAAAUGUUUGUCAAUCUGACAAACAAUGGCUGGCUGAAGGCCAGGGGGGACUUGCCAAACCACGGCCAGCACACACAUCCUGCCUUUGUGGGCCAGGAAUGCCAGGAAUCUAGACAGCUGCCCUCCUUCACCCACCCCUCCCUCCCCAAAAAGGUGCUCUCUCUCAAACAUCCCCAGUGUCCCAGUGGUUUCAGCCCAGUAGCCUGGGUGUCUGGGUGUUUGUGUAAGGCACUGCUUGUGACUCACCUCUCUCUCCCUCCAUUCCUCCUCUCUCUCCACAGUGCUCCAUCAGUGGCAGGCAGGUUAGUAGCAACACCUGCUCUCUGUUUCACCUCUGCUCCCACCCACUGAUAUUUAUCCACAUUGAGAUUCCUGCUGCCUCAACUCUCAACACAUCCAUGGUGGUUUUUAUAUUUGGUUUUUCAUUUUGGUUCAUUCCUUGCAAUUCUUGAAUUACUGAAGCCGUUUUGUAUUCAAAGGUACUUGUAUUAUACAUGUUUGUUUUUUUACAUUAAUUUGAUUUAAAGAGCACAUAAAGAGCAUGUAAAGUGCAUACACAACAUAUCUUUGCAGUCUUUACAAAGGAGCGUAGUGAGAUUCACAUGUUAAGGGUACAUUUUGGCUGUAUAAAGCAAACAUUUCAAGAGUCUCAAUAAGAAUACAAUAUGUAAAAACCACUUAAGAAAAAUAACAUAAACAAUCAAACACAAAAACCCAGAAGUUACAGAAUAAGACCAGUACGAUAUGACAGGAACUUUGACCAGACAUCUUCAUACCUAUGCUGUCUAUGUUGAAAGAUUGAUGUAAUUCUCUCCAUGACAGUAAGUUCCACCCAUAGACCUAACCACAUAUCUUUUGGGGGUGCAUUUUUUUUUUACACAUUUCCUUUCUGCUGCUAAAAGAUAUUCUAUCAAUUUAAGUGGAGAGGAGUGGAGUGUAUCCACAAGAACAAUACCUAAGAGGAGAUGACAUGUGUCUGGUUGAGUAAUAAUAUGUGUGAUGUCCUAUAUAAAAUGGAGAAUUUCAGACCAAAAAGACUGGAUUUUCAGACACAUACAAAAUAUAAGUCGCUCUGGAUAAGAGCGUCUGCUAAAUGACUUAAAUGUAAUGUAAUAUGUGAUUAAGACACAUGUUUUUUCUGAACCAUUAUUAUUUAUAUUUCGUUUGAAAUUUUGGGGGAUCUGAUUUUGCAGAAGAAGCUGUGUUGUGGUUUUGUCAAGGUGAACUGGGUUAAGUAAGGACAGGUCUGACAAAAUUGAGCAAGGAAAAACAGAAACAAAAACAGGUCCUAGUUAUUUUCUUUGCUUUCUCCUGUGGUGUGAGAGUCUUGCUAUAUUCACACUCCUCUCUGUCUCGCUCUGCAGGUUUUCAGUGGCCUCAUCAAAUGUGCUAAAUUCCGUUUCCUGUGUUUCAUAACAAUGAGAGCCAAGGCCUAAUGCAGGGCCUUCCUGCCCUCGAACAAAACACUUUUUAUGUCCCGCUGGUAUGACAAUGGGAAUGUUUCGUUUUUCCUACCAAACAUGGGAACCUGUAGAAGAGCCUUUGUUUCCUGGAAUGUGGCCAUUAGGAAAGAGAUGGAGGGAACACAGGAUAUGUGCCCUGCCCUGGGCAAUGCGUUUCAAUGGGAUGGCUGGGGCCAGAGGAGUUGUACGCAGGGAUUUUCUCUGCUAUCUGCAUCACCACUUCCCCUAUUAAAGUGGAUUCUAUGCCAGAGUGGGAUUCCCCACUCGUUUUUUCCGUUACACCUGCACUUGUUUUUUUCUGUUGACAGCAUCAGUCUUACUUGACCCCCAUUGUCAAAUACCGCUCAUAUGCCAGAAUGUAGCUACUGUGUCACUCGACAGUAUGGGAAUCCCGCAGCCCUGGGUUCAAAUAGUGUUUGUGUUCAUUCAAAUACAAAUACUUAGGACAUAUGUGUUACUUUUCAACCUCAUAUUCAUUAACUCCAGCACCAUACCAGUGUCUACAUAUGGGAAAAUGGCAUGUUUCUAUGUUCAGUGAUUACAAAGAUAAGAUGAAAGGUCCUAAUGAAGGCUUCUCUGUGACAUCACAGUGUAGGGUUAAGUCUUUUUUUUUUACGUUGAUUUUUCAAACCUGCAACAAGUUUCUAGCCAGAGGGAAGAUGUUUUCUUGCUCCCCACGUCACCGAGAAUCUCAUAGUGUUUUUCAAAAUUGUAACUUUGGAUGACGUCAUGGGAUAGAACUUUUUAAAUGUUAGAUUUUUUCUACUAAAUGUAGAAAUGCAUCGUUUUCACACAUGUAGACACUGGUACUGUGAAAAUGGAGAUAAUGAAAAUGAGGUUAAAAAGUGGUUGCCCUUUAAGCUACACUUGAUUGAGCUUUCAAAGCAAAAGGGGACUGAUGGGGAGAAUUUAAAUUGCAUACUCCUAUUCCUCCCGUCCUCUCCCUGCCUCCUUCUCAAAACCCAUUCGAGGAGAAGGUUCGGGUGGAGGGAAAUCUGGCUUCCCAUCUAAUGGGUUUUAAGAAGGAGGCGAGGAGAGAGGACAUGAGGAAUAUGCAAUUGAGAUUCUCCCAUGGAAUAGUCCCAAAAGUGCAAACCACACCAAUCUGGCGCUAAAGAAAGGCUCAAUCAAAUGCUCAACCUAUUUGAAAGAAAUCAAAUACUAUUUGAAGCCACUCCACACUUAGCUUACUUAUUAUGGAUUUAUCAGCAAUGAUCUUUUCUUGUAGUUUCUCAAUAGCAUUAGGGACAUAUGAUAGUAAGCUGUCAGUGCACUGAAGUGCCUACAGAGUUGUUUCGUAAUAUAACCAUGGUUUCUCAGUAUGGUAAUGUAGCAAUGGUGCAGUUUCUUCCUCUCCUACUCCACUCACUCAAUCCCCCCUUGAUUCACUUUCUCUUCCUCCUUGAGAGGAGAGCUGAUGUCACAGGGAGGUGGCGGUCUGCCCAUGUCUAUAAGUACAGGCACCACAGAGGGAAUCUCUAUAUGAAGUGGAGCUAACCCAGCUGAGCAGUUCUGACCCAUGCUGAGAAAAGACACUGCAGGAGAACAAAGAAACACUAUCGACUGGUGUACCUUUUUAGUGCGCUCAAACAGAUGAAGGAAUAAGUGAACUGACAGACAGACUUCUCUCCUCUGGACUCAGGUGCAGGCUCUGGACAGUAUAUCAUCACAGACACUAGGUAUCUAUUCUAGAAUUAACAACCUCCAGGGCGGAAUCUUUAUCUCUAAUUUAAAUUGUGUAAUCUACACCUUCGGGAUGUUUUCUCUGGUUAGUUUGAGACGGACCGUCUCCACACUGUUCGUUCUCCUCUCCAGUGCUGCUGUCAUGGUGGAGAGUGACUGUCCUACCCAGUGCUCCUGUGGCCCCUCACCGCCAUCGUGCCCAGCGGGCAUUAGUUGGGUGACAAAUGCCUGUGGCUGCUGUAAGGUGUGUGCCAGGCAGUUCAACCAGGACUGCAGCCCCAGCCAGCCCUGUGACCACAUCAAGGGCCUGCACUGCCACCUGGGGGCUGGGGGAGACCCAGAGAGAGGCCUGUGCCGAGCGGAGGCCCAGGGCCGGCCCUGUGAGUUCAACGGGCGUGUCUACCAGCAUGGAGAGGACUUCCAGCCCAGCUGCCAGCACCAGUGCAGCUGCAUGGACGGGGUGGUGGGCUGCAUGCCACUCUGUCCCCAGCAGGUACCCUUGCCCGACUGGCGCUGCUCCCAGCCAAGGCUGGCACGGCCCUGGGGCCGCUGCUGUGAGGAGUGGGUCUGUGAUGACAAAAAUAACAUCAGUGAGGACCCAGAGGAACCUCCACAGGCAGCCCUACCUGACCCACAACCCCUCCCAAACCACAUCAACAACCAGCUCCAGGCCCAAGCCCUGGCCCAGCCACACUAUCAGGCCAGCACUGGAGUCACCUUUAGAGAGUUGGUGUCCCUCCCCAGGUCCCAGGUGUUGCUAAGCGCCAGAUGCCUCCCUCAGACCACUGAUUGGACGGAAUGUUCCACCACGUGCGGGAUGGGCAUCUCAAGCCGGGUGACCAAUAACAACGCAGAGUGUCGGCUGGGCAGAGAGACACGACUCUGUCAGGUCCGCCAAUGUGACCUGCCGCUUACCCCAGCAAUCAAGAGGGUAAAGAAGUGCCAGCGUACAGUGCGGCCCCAGGAGCCAAUCAGGAUCAACUUUGCUGGCUGCUCCACAACACGCCGCCAUCGACCUCACACCUGUGGCUUCUGUGCGGAUGGGCGAUGCUGCACCCCUUCACUGACCCGCACCGUCCGCCUGCGCUUCCAAUGUCCCGACGGAGAGGGCUUCACACGCAACGUCAUGUGGAUCCAGAGCUGCAGCUGCAAGAAGAGCUGCCACAAUCACAGUUCCCCCUCAAGGCCCUCUGUCAGCCUGCACAAUGACAUCCACAACUUCAGGCACUGAGGCAGGCUUAGGAGAAUGCCCAACCCUAGCCUCAACACACUAGACAGGGCUACUGCAUGCUAACCUCUCCCCAUCUUCCACCCACCCUCUGCCCAGGGAUAGCCCUGCCUUUCAGUCCCUUCCUGGACACCAGCCUCUCCCUCCUGCACCAGCGCCAGACUGUGGGAGAGAGAGCCUCGGCUAGGUGGCCGUUCCAUCCAACCAGGCAGAACUAUCGCUUGCACUUUAAGCUUCCUGACACGUUGCCACAAGUUAUCUCAUAUGAGAGAUGUGGAGCAACUGCUCUCCACAUCCAGGUCCAGUGUCCCUUCCCUGUUGAUGACACAGUCACAGAACUGUUCUGGUGGAGGGGCAGGGACAGCACUGAGCACAACAGACUGUGGAUGGCCUGAUGUGACUUUCUUGAUGUAAUUUUGAACUUGUAAAUUAAUCAGUUUGGUUGUCUGCUUUUCCCCCUCAUUAUUUAUAAUUUGUAUUUGUUAACGUUGUCAAGUUCCUCUAUAACCACAGAGGAACAAGGGAAAAGGAAUGUAUAUGUAUGUAUGUGAAAGACAUACAUCACUUUUUGUCAUAAUAGAGAUGUGUAAAUUAGUGAGGCCAGUGAAUGUGUAAGGAUGUGAUGAGUGAGACCAUGGGCAAUCUCAUACAUUCAUGAAGUGUUUUGUCUGAUACAUCGAUGGUAGAAAGAGGACAGGAUAUCAUUCUACAAAUUCAUCAAUGAUUGGAAUUAACUGUAUAUUACAUUGUGUAAAGGUCAGUGUUUAUGUGUGUGAGAGAAAAUGAAAGGGCGAGAAACAGAGUGUUUACAUGUGUGUAUUUGUGUCAUAUGACAGAGUAUAGUGUACAGACUUCACUCUUAGUGGAGUGGCAAUUGAUGGAGAUCACCUCAUUUUCCGGGGUGUGUUUUUAUUGCCUCAUAGUAUAGAGACUUGUACUGGAGGGAAGAUUGUAUUUGAUAUAUUUAAGAUUUCUAUAAUGUUUGAAUUCUUAUCAAUAAUACUCUGAAAAAUUGAAUAAAAACAUUCAACAUGU